GCAUUGACUGCGUAUAUUAUGAAAAGAUAUUUUAUUAAAAUAAAACGUCUCCGUUUUGUUUUCUGCAAUAAAUGCGGGCAAAUUUGUAAAGCAGUUUGACCUAAUAGCAAAUUCUCUGAGUUCCAAGAAAUCCUCGGAGAAAUUGACUUGAUCGAGGUAAAUUGAAUAUUGCGAAAUGUUGGUUCGAAGACACCCGAUUAUAACAAAAAAUCUAAAUUCUUUGAUAAAUUCAAGAUAUUCUUACUAUAAAAGAGGUAGUCGUAUGGUAUCUAUAAUGGCUUCUAACUUUGAACCUGUUGUAUUGUCAAAAGCUUGCAAAAGAAUACCACCUAGCAUUUGGGUUGAAACUCUGAAUUUAGUAAAUAAAUAUAAACCAGUGAAUCUGGGUCAGGGUUUUCCUGAUUUUCCAGAAGUUGUUCCCACAACCUUAAAAAAUGCGUUAGUUGCUACACAAGCAGCUAAUGCUCCAGUUGUUAACAACCAGUACACAAGAGGUCAGGGUAACAUUGAUCUUGUAAAUGCUAUUGCAGACAUUUACAGUCCACUAUUUGGUAGAUCAAUAGAUGCAAUGAAAGAGGUCAUGGUUACAGUAGGCGCAUAUGAAGCCUUGCAUUGUAUUAUUAAUGCUGUUGUCAAUCCUGGAGAUGAAGUAAUUUUAAUUGAGCCAUACUUUGACAGCUAUAGUGAAAGCAUUCUUGCAAUUAAUGGAGUUCCACGCUACAUACCUUUACGACUAAAAGAAGGUGGAACCAAUGCAAGCGAUUUUGUUUUAGACAAAAAUGAGUUGACAGGCUUGUUUAAUGAAAAGACAAAAGCUAUAAUUGUAAACACUCCACACAAUCCUACAGGGAAGGUUUUUACACAUGAAGAAAUAGAGUUUAUUGGCAACUUAUGCAAGAAAUAUAAUGCUUUAUAUAUCAGUGAUGAAGUUUAUGAAUGGCUAGUGUAUCAGGGAUCAGAGCAUAUCAGAGCUGCAACACUUCCUGGUAUGUGGGAACGUACAGUUACUGUUUGUAGUGCUGGGAAAACAUUUAGUGUUACUGGUUGGAAAUCAGGCUGGCUUAUUGCCCCCGAAUACUUGAUAUCAGGUGCCAUGCGAGUUCACCAAGGAAUUAUAUAUACUUGUCCUACACCACUUCAGAUAGCUUUAGCCAACACAUUCAAGCAUGAAAAACUGCUUUUAGGUACUCCUGAUUCUUAUUGGCAUUGGUUGUGUCAAAAUAUGACUGGCAAACGUCAACGAAUGUUUGAAAUAGUUAAAGAAGCUAAAAUGAAGCCAAUUAUGCCAGAUGGUGGAUACUUCAUGCUAGUCGAUAUUACUGGUUUGAAUGUUGAUCGAAGUGGAUAUGAUGAUGAUACUCCGCUUGAUAAAAUAGUGCAACAAUGGUUAAUUAAAGAUAAAGGUUUAGCUGUUAUUCCAUGCAGUGAAUUCUAUAGCAGUGAACACAAAAAAGAGUUUGAGAAUUUUAUACGUGUCUGUUUUAUAAAGGGUGACAAUACAUUGGACGCUGCUCGAGAAAUAUUUAGUAAACUUAAUAUAGAGUAAUAUUCAUAUUUAUCACAAAAUGUAUAACUAUUUAAUCUACAUUCUGCUCUGUGUUGUAUAUGUUGCGCAAUGACUUUAAAACUGCCCUGUUCAUGAAAUAUAUAUUUUCAAAUAUAAAA